AACCCACAUAUCAAUCAUCCCCAGCCCCAGGCCACUUCUCAGUUCUCAUUCCAAUACCAAAAUAUAUAUUCCGAUCCCAUUAUUUCUUAUGCAUGGCCGUGGGCAUGGGGGCCUCUCCUUCGCCUUCCUCAUCCUUAUCUUUCUUCUUCAUCAUCUCUAUCCUCCUCUUAUCUUGCACGCUCUCCCUCUCUGGACCGCUUGCCUUCCAUCCCAUACCCCCUAACUUCACCGCUUCCUUCAACGGAUUCAUUGAUACUUCCGGCGCCUUCUUGUCCUCCCCCAAUUCUACCUUCCGUGCCGCCGUUACAAACGUCAAGACCGAGGAGCGCUUAUACUACUUUGUUGUCAUUCAUACCCUUUCUCACACUGUUGUUUGGGCCGCCAAUCGCAACAACCCUGUCUCCGACUCUGCCCAGCUCCGUCUCUCCCGCCGUGGCCUUGCGCUUUAUGAUAAUGAUUCCCCCAAACCCAUCUGGUCAGUUCCCCCCUUUUCUUCGCCAAAUGUCUCUGUUUCCUCCUUGGAGCUCCGAGACUCUGGAAAUCUAGUUCUACUGGAUUCCUCCAACAACUCUUUAUGGGAAAGCUUUGACUACCCGACCGACACCAUGGUCGUCGGGCAGCGGCUGCUUGUCGGGAAAUCUUUGGUCAGCUCGGUGAAGGAGGGUGAGCUGUCGGAGGGGGACUACGAGUUCACGGUCACGGAGAAUGACGCCGUCUUUCUCUGGAACAAGAUGGUGUACUGGAAAUUAUCCAUGUACAACGGCGCGUUUCGGGACACGAACGCGCGCGUGGAAUAUGCGGAGCUGAGGAGCAACGGGAUUUUCCUUUUGGGCUCAAACGGAACGGAGAUUGCAAUACAAGUUAUUGUCAAAUCUCCGGAUUUUGUAAUCCUGAAGCAGGGAAGCGGUGGCGCGUUGAGCACCAUGCGCUUAAAUGGCGCCGGUAGCGAGGUAUCUGGAUUCAACGCUCCGGGCGAUACUUGUAGGAUACCACUCAUUUGCGGGAGGCUGGGAGUGUGUUAUAGUGGCAGCUGUUCCUCUUGCCCUCCUGGAUUUCAAACGGCAGACGAGGGUUGCGUCCCCGUAAAUGGCAAGCUAUCAAUGCCUUCUUCCUCGUCGUGUAAUACCACGGUCGCAGCAAUCUCGUAUUUGAAAUUAGGGAGCGAUAUGGACUAUUUCGCAAAUGAUUUCACGGAGCCGGCGGCGUUUAAUGUGAACUUAUCUACCUGUGAGGAUCUUUGCUCCAGAAAUUGUUCUUGCCUGGGAAUCUUUCAUAGCCAAACCUCAGGUUCUUGUUACAUGGUUGGAGAUUAUGUAGGUUCAAUUAUAAAGAAAUCGGGCCGCAACGAUCGUUUUGGUUAUAUUAAAUUGAUGAUGAUGGCGAUGGAUCAGGCUCCUGAAGAUGAAAAUGGGAGGAGGAGCAUCCCAGUGGUUGUUUUGGUGUCGAUACCAUCAUCCGUUGUUGUCCUGUUUGCCCUGGUGGUCGCCUGCGGCAUCGUUUGGUUUAGGAGGAGAAAGGUAACGGGAAAAACGAAGAGAAAACGGAGGAAUUCCUCUUCUUCCUAUUCCUAUGGUGAGCUGGAAGAUGUUUCAAUUCCAGGCUUGCCCGUGAGAUUCGAUUACGAGGAGCUGGUGGAUGCUACGGAGAAUUUCGGGACUCAAGUUGGUUCCGGCGGAUUUGGGACGGUAUACAAAGGCACUCUCUCCGACGGAACGCUGGUGGCUGUCAAGAAAAUAAGCAGCCUGGGAGUACAAGGGAGGAAGGAGUUCUGCACGGAGAUCGCGAUUAUUGGGAAGAUCCAUCACCUUAAUCUUGUGAGAUUGAAGGGGUUCUGUGCACACAGGGAAUCAAGAUUUCUAGUAUACGAGUACAUGAACCGGAGCUCAUUGGAUCGAGCUCUGUUCGGAAAUGGAAAUGGAGGAGGCCCCCUGUUGGAAUGGCGAGAGAGGUUUGAGAUUGCCAUCGGCACAGCUCGGGGGCUGGCUUACUUGCACAGCGGAUGUGAGCACAAGAUCAUUCACUGUGACGUUAAGCCCGAAAACAUCCUACUGCACGACAAUUUGCUGGUGAAAAUCUCCGAUUUUGGCCUGUCCAAGCUGCUGUCUCCAGAGCAAUCUAGCUGGUUCACUACCAUGAGAGGGACUAGAGGUUAUUUAGCCCCAGAAUGGCUCACAAACUCGGCCAUCACAGAGAAGACAGAUGUGUAUAGUUACGGAAUGGUAUUGCUGGAAUUAGUAAGAGGAAAGAAGAAUUGCUCACUUCAGACACCAAUCCACAGUGGGGGGUCUGCAGCAAAUGGUAGUAGUAAUGGAGAGGAUUACUUCCCGCUACGAGCCCUGGAGAUGCAUGAACAAGGGAGGUACCUGGAGCUGGUGGAUCCAAGGCUGGCAGGGCAGGUGCAGACCCAGGAGGUGGAGAAGCUGGUGCGAGUGGCUCUCUGCUGUGUGCACGAAGAUCCAAUGCUGAGGCCAACCAUGACAAAUGUGGUCGCAAUGCUCGAAGGAGGGCUGCCUCUGGGUGAUCCUCAGGUGGAGUCCCUCAACUUCUUGCGUUUCUAUGGCAGGAGGUUCACCGAAGCAUCAGUUGUCGAGGGGGAUAACGAGCAGCAGAAUGUAGGGUAUCUCUAUCCACAGGCAAUGCCAAACGUCGGGAGCAGUGCUACCACUAGUUCUUACUACUCCUCUUACAUGUCUUCCCAGCAACUCUCUGGUCCUAGAUAAUAUGCUUCUGCUCCUGCACUUACAGUUUAACAUGUUUUCUGCAAUUGUAAAUAUGAUCGUAUUGUACACAUCCUUCAGGUAUUCCAGAAAGCCUUUCAGGAGUGUAUAUAUAUAUAUAUAUAUAUAUAUCCCUAGGCUCUCAAGAGUUAUCAGUAGUAGCAUUGAAAUUUUGCUGGAAAAAUUAGUAAUGUUUAUAAAUUGUAUUGAUUCAUAUAUACAACAGGUUGUUCACAGUUGUCUUUA